AUGCUCGUGAGGAUUCCGACUGUUCCGGUCCUUACCAUUGCAAUCGAGACGCGAUAUUGUUCUGCCCAUUCGUAGUUGUUUUCCUUUACCCAUGUGGUUUGUAUAAAGAUGUGUUCUUUGCAAGGGUUUUGCUUCAGUUAGUGGCGUGUUUUAGACCAACUCGGAUGUACUGUGAAGACAAAGGAAGCUAGGUGUAUCGGCGUGAUUCAAGUUCAUUAUCUGCACGCGUUUAGCUCAACAAGCAGCGCAUCAUGGAAGCACUGCUCAACAGUCAGUGUGCGGCGCAAAGUCUGGGCCCCGCCAACCAGCUAUUUGCGAUGUUAAUCCAGACUAUUAUGGCGGCACAAUGCAGCAUCUCUCCACCGGACAUGUGGCCCAAAGAUUACGGCCCGACGGCUUUGGCUGAAGGAUUGGAAGAAUACGAUUUCAUUAUAGUCGGCGCUGGAUCGGCCGGAUCUGUAGUCGCUAAUCGAUUGUCGGAAAAUCCAGAAUGGAAAAUUCUUCUGUUGGAGGCGGGAGGUGAUCCGCCUAUUGAAUCCGAGAUCCCGCUAAUGUUAAUGAAGACUAUGAACACAUCUUACGUUUGGAACUACUACGCAGAGAAAAGUAAGAUAGCAAGCAAAGGAUACAAGAACGGCAGUUAUUGGCCUCGAGGAAAAAUGCUGGGUGGUUGCAGUAGCAACAACGCAAUGCUUUAUGUAAGGGGAAACAGUCGCGAUUAUGACCGGUGGGAAGAACUGGGGAAUCCGACUUGGGGCUGGAAGGAUGUGUUGUCCUAUUUCAAGAAAUCGGAGGACAAUGGUGCAUAUCACAUCCAAGAAGAGAGGGGAGCUUUUCACGGAAUUGGAGGUCUACAAAAAGUCAAUUCGUUUAUGUCAAACGACAUGACUAAACUUUUGAUAACUGAAGCGGCUGCUGAACUUGGCUAUUCCGAAAUUAUGGACGUAAAUAGUGACGAGUUUAUUGGAUAUUGCGUCCUGCAAGGAACGAUUCAUAACGGUAAACGAUAUAGUACAGCGAAAGCUUUUCUGAAUACCGCCAAAAACAGAACAAAUCUUCACAUAAUAAAAAAUGCUCACGUUACCAAAAUCAAUGUAGAGAAUGGUGCAACAACUGGCGUUACCUUCGACAUUGGAGAAAAUAAGAACAUUUUCGCGAAAGUAAACAAAGAAGUCAUCCUUUCCGCCGGUUCACUGAACACACCGCAAAUUCUAAAACUGUCUGGCAUCGGACCCAAAGACGAGUUAGAGAAAUUGAACAUUCCCGUGGUUAAAAACUCACCAUUCGUUGGAGAAAACCUUCAGGAUCACGUCAUUGUUCCGAUAUACUUAUCAUUCCACAAAUCUCGUCCGAUCACAAUAGCCUUAGAUGAAUUUAUGGACAGUAUUUAUUCCUACUUCAAAUAUGGUUUGGGUCCAUUGGGAUCUAUUGGUGCAACGGAUUUAGUGGCAUUCGUUAAUACACAAAGCCAGUCAGCGAGAUUUCCGGACGUUCAAUAUCAUCAUUUUGUAUACAAAGCUCAGCUUCCCGAUAUAUACGAUGUUUUGGGAAAAUUCAAUCUAGAAGAUUACAUUGUUGAACAAAUUGCCGAAGCCAACAAACAGGCGGAGAUCAUGACCAUAUACGUAACUCUUUUGAAUCCAAAAUCCAAAGGCAAUGUGAAUCUGAAGAGCUCCAAUCCCUAUGACCAUCCAGUGAUCAAUGCAAAUUAUUUGGAUGACCAUCGCGAUGUUGCCACCUUGAUUCGUGGAAUAAGAUUGACAAGAAAACUGCUUGGAACGAGCAACUUUAAAAAUCACGAAGUAGAGGAAGUUCGUAUUAGACUUCCCGAGUGCGAUAUGCUUGAGUUCGAAUCGGACAGCUAUUGGGAAUGUUACGUACGUUAUCUGUCCACUACAAUCUACCAUCCAGUGGGAACGGCCAAAAUGGGCCCCGAGAAAGACGACACCGCCGUCGUAGAUUCGCGCUUGAAGUUGCAUGGCGUGGACGGGUUACGGGUAGUCGAUGCAAGUAUCAUGCCCAACAUCGUGAGUGGAAAUACCAACGCGGCUGCUGUUAUGAUUGGCGAAAAGGGAGCCGAUUUCAUAAAGGAAGAUUAUUCAGAGAAGAAAAAUACACGUACUGAGCUGUGAAACAGGAACGAUACUGUAGACUGUAUCGCCUGAAGAUUGUUACCAAAAUAAAUAAAUGCCUAGGAAAGAAAGUUACACAUCCAAAUAAGAAGAAAGUUUUAUUGAUAUUAGAUUUUAAACAUUUCAAACUGGCAGAUUCAUUACAGAAACGUUGAAGAUUAUAUCCCAUUUAAUUGAUACUUUUGAUGUAACUCACAAGUUUAAGAAGAAAAUCAACAUUUGUUGUAGAUUUGUUUACUUCAAAGUUUAAUCGAGGUUAUAAAAUUCUUUCGUUUGACACCAGUAAAUCAAUAAAUCGUCCAGGGAUCCUAAUAUUACUCCAAUGAUGCUAACUUGUUAUGAAUGAAUUUGCUGAAAUAAUUUAAUCAGCUCUAGUUUUGAUUAUCAAUACAAUAUUCUAUCAAGCUCGAAAAUGGGAAGAUGCAUGUGUAUCAAAGUGUUUUUAAUUACCGUCUGACUUUGCGAAAUACGUAUUAGUGACAUAGCUUACUACAGUUUUUGACAAAUUCAGCAAUAUGUGAUAAAUUGAUUUAUUUUCUGAAUAACUAAUGGAUUAUGAUUAAGUUGAAAAAUAAUAAUUGCAUCAAAAGAUGGAUAGACUACUUAGCUUCGAAAGCAACCUAAACAUAAACAAGUAAAAUAAAUACUUUCAUUACAACACUAUCGCAGGGAAUAGAAUCAAAGUUAAUCAAUAUAAUCUGUACCAAGUUUUUAAAAGAAGCAAGCAUAGGACAACAGUACCAACAAUCAUUUCAGCUCCACCAUUAUUGUCAUGUAUUAAAACUGAGUUAAUUUUAAAUCUGCUGUCUCAAUGGAUGGAAAAAAUGAAGGCAUUUAUUUCGAAUAUUCGCGUCGCUCUAAUAGAAGUUUUGCACAUUUUCAAACGAUAUUUGAUUUACAGAGCCGAAGUGAAAAUAUUGGUUCUGUUAACAUUGCAAUCAAUUUAUUGUAAGUCGUAAUCAGUAACCAGCAAUUAGUAGAAAAACAUACUAUGGUUUGUAUAAUGAGAUGACUAUUGGUACAAUAACCUAAAAUGAAGCUGAAAUUUAAAGUUAUUAGAUUAUUCUGAGCAGUGAUAUCAAAGUUCCCCGGAUAAUAAUAACACAGAUGAUUACCUCAAACGCAUAAAACUAGUAUUCUGAAUUGCCAUAUAACUUUAUGACAGAUGUUAACAAAUGAAAUAAAUCGGCGCUGCAUAAUCAAAACUGUUUUGCUUAGCUUACUUCAAAUACCUUAUUAGAAAUAAGUGAAAAAGGGUAAAUUAAUAGUAUUUCGAAAAUAGAUUACUGUGAAAAAGUAUCUUUAGACAACGAACUCUCAUCCGCGGAUCAGCUCCGAUUCGCUGAACAGCUCUACUAUCGAGCUACUCUAGGAGAUGGAAGGAAAACAUAUCACAGAAACAACCCGAAAAUGUACACUUGAAAAAACCUUCUUCAAAAUUACAAAACGAUGGUGAAAUGGUAAGUAUAUAAAUAGAUGAAAUAAUCUACCGAGACUCUCCAAGCAGUAUGAAGCCAACAUAUAAAAUGAAUGUUAAUGGUAAAAACCUGCUUUAUUCCACCUAGUGGUGUUAAAAUACCUUUCUCAUAUUACUCACAACAACAAAAAAUUACUGUGGAAUUUGCAAAAAAAAACUGUUCAUUCAAUAGAAAUAGGAAAGUUUGUUCGAACUUAAUCUAACAAACUCUACAAAUCCUGUUUACCCUGUAGUUUCAGAGCCGGAAGUAGUAUCCACUUCAAAUUUAAGGAAUUCCGUAUGAAACUGUAAGACUUUUCCUUUGAACCAAUAAGUUUGUGAAAAUCGAUUUGGCCAUCUUGAAGGAAAGUGAGUGAGACCCUGCUGCAGUUUUUAAUCAUUACUACCAAUUCUUCCGAAACCGGAUUCAGGUGAGCGGUAUAGCCGAAGUUGGUUUGUUUGCCAGCAACAAAUAUGACCUAAAAAUUGGAUCAGUUUUGAACCUAAAUAAACCUAGACUUAGUAACUCAUGCUCUAUUUCGAUUAAACCAAUUAAACGAAAUCUAACAAACGAA